CUAUUGUUGGUGCCGUGCCUUCUUCUCUUGCAAGAAGCGUGUGCCGCGCGCCAUGGAGGGAUCUCUCUGAGGUCUCAACACAUGGCCCUCCUCCACUGGAAAGCAACACUUGCAACCCCACCGCUGCAGAUGAGUUCUUGGCAGGAAAACACCAGCCCCUGCAACUGGACGGGCAUCAUGUGCACGGCUGUUCCCCAUGGCCGCCGCAUGCCCUGGGUGGUGACCAACAUCUCCUUGCCAGAUGCUGGCAUCCGUGGCCAGCUUGGUGAGCUCAACUUCUUGGCUCUUCCGUUCCUCGCAUACAUUGACCUUACGAACAACAGUCUCCAUGGUGCACUACCCCCUAGUAUCAACUCCCUGUCAGCACUUUCGGUACUUAAACUUCCCUACAACCAGCUCACAGGGAAAAUUCCUCAUGGGAUUGGUGACCUGCAAAGUCUCAGAUGGCUUGAUCUCUCAUUCAAUAGACUCGCAGGACAUAUCCCUCCGUCUUUAGGCAACCUCACAAUGUUAACUAAUCUUACCAUUCACCAAACCAUGGUAUCAGGUCCCAUUCCUGAGGAGAUUGGGAGGCUUGUCAACCUACAAAUUCUACAGCUAAGCAACAACACCUUAAGCGGCAUGAUACCAAAAACCCUUGGAAACCUGACCCAACUAUAUCAUUUGGACUUGUUUAGUAAUCAACUUUCAGGGCCUAUACCCCAAGUACUAGGCAGACUAGUCCAUUUGCAAAUUCUUAUUCUUUGUAAAAAUGAUUUUUCAGGUCCAAUUCCAAUCUCCAUAACCAAUCUCACUAAGAUGAACACACUUUAUCUCAAUGAAAAUCAAAUCACAGGUCCAUUACCCCCAGAACUAGGCACCCUCGAUAUGCUAAACAUCCUUAAACUCGAAAAAAAUCAAAUGACAGGUUCAAUACCCCUAGAACUUGGCAACCUCACUAUGCUAAAUUCUCUGUAUCUCUAUACAAAUCAAAUCACAGGCCCAAUACCUUUAGAAUUGGGAUACUUACUAAACCUCCAGGAUUUAGAACUGGAUGACAACCAAAUAUCUGGCUCUAUUCCUGGCAUCAUAGGAAAUUUAACCAAGCUAGUACAACUUUCCCUCUCUGAAAAUCAGAUAACAGGUUUCAUCCCCCAGGAAAUUGGCAAUCUGAUGAACCUCCAAUAUUUAUACUUGGAUCUGAACCAAAUUUCGGGAUCAAUACCGAAAACUUUUGGUAAGUUGCAAGGCAUGCAACUACUGUCAAUCUCCGAUAACAAAUUAUCAGGUUCUCUUCCUCAAGAAUUUGGAGAUCUCACAAACCUUGUUAGACUAGGGUUGAAGAACAACUCACUUUCAGGACCUUUACCUGCAAAUAUAUGUUCAGGUGGCAGACUUCAACUUCUCGAAGUCGCUCGUAAUAUGUUCAAUGGCCCUAUUCCUAGUAGUUUAAAGACAUGUACGAGUUUGGUUGAAAUUUCCCUUGCAAAGAACCAACUAACAGGAGAUAUAUCUCAGCAUUUUGGUGUGUAUCCACAACUAACAGAGCUGAGCUUGACAUCAAAUAGACUCUCUGGGCAGAUCUCACCAAAUCUAUGUGCAUGUACCCAGCUAACGGUGCUACAUCUAGCACAAAAUAUGAUCACGGGUUCCAUACCUCCAAUCAUUUCUAAAUUGUACAACCUAGUAGAGCUAACACUCAGUUCUAAUCGUCUCAGCGGUAGGAUUCCACCAGAAAUCUACAGUUUAGCAAAUCUAUAUAAAAUGAACUUGUCAUCGAACCAAUUAUCUGGAUACAUACCUACACAAAUUAAAAAGCUGAGCAAUCUAGGAUACCUUGAUAUAUCUGGAAACAGAUUGAGUGGAUUGAUACCUGGGGAACUAGGGGCCUGCAUGAAACUACAGUUCUUGAAGAUCAACAACAGCUUCAGUGGGAGUUUGCCUGGUGCGUUUGGAAAUUUAGCAGGCCUGCAGAUCAUGUUAGAUGUGAGCAACAAUAACCUCAGUGGUGUGUUGCCGCAGCAACUUGGGAAGUUGGAGAUGCUAGAAUUUCUGAAUUUAUCACAUAAUCAGUUCAGUGGCAGCAUUCCAUCCUCCCUUGCAAGCAUGUUGAGCCUUUCAACACUCGAUGUGUCCUACAAUGACUUAGAAGGACCGGUCCCAACAACACGGCUACUUCAAAAUGCUUCAGCGAGUUGGUUUCUUCCCAAUAAAGGUCUGUGUGGCAACCUCCCUGGCCUGCCACCUUGUUAUUCAACCCCCGUAGCUUCUCACAAAAAGGGGAAGAUACUUGGUUUGCUUUUGCCAAUUGUUCUUGUGAUAGGUUUCGUCAUUGUUGCUGCAAUUGUUGUCAUAAUAAUACUUACUCGUAAGAAGAGAAAUCCACAAGAAAGUGUUACUGCUGAAGCAAGGGACCUAUUCUCUGUUUGGAAUUUCGAUGGAAGAUUAGCAUUUGAUGAUAUUGUAAGGGCAACAGAAGACUUUGAUGAUAAGUACAUCAUUGGAAUAGGGGGAUACGGCAAAGUCUACAAGGCACAACUCCAAGACGGGCAGCUGGUUGCUGUUAAGAAGCUUCAUCAGACCGAACAAGAGUUGGAUGAUGGAAGAAGAUUUUGUAGUGAAAUGGAAAUCUUAACACAGAUCCGACAACGAAGCAUUGUCAAAAUGUAUGGAUUCUGCUCCCAUCCAGCGUAUAAAUUUCUCGUUUAUGACUACAUUCAGCAGGGAAGCCUCCACAGGACAUUGGAAAAUGAGGAGCCAGCAAAGGAAUUGGAUUGGCACAAGAGAAUUGCUCUUGCAACUGAUGUGGCUCAAGCAAUAUCUUAUUUGCACCACGAAUGCAGUCCACCUAUAAUCCAUCGAGAUAUCACAAGCAACAAUAUCUUACUUGAUACAUCCUUCAAGGCUUUUGUCUCGGAUUUCGGCACAGCAAGGAUUCUUAAGCCCGAUUCAUCAAACUGGAGUGCACUUGCUGGAACAUAUGGCUACAUAGCUCCUGAACUCUCGUACACAUCUGUUGUGACGGAGAAAUGUGAUGUCUAUAGCUUUGGUGUGGUUGUACUAGAGCUAGUGAUGGGGAAGCAUCCAAGGGAUCUAUUAGACGGUAGUUUGUCAAGCGGGGAACAAGCUAUGCUGGUGAAAGAUAUUCUAGACCAACGACCAACAACACCACCAACAACAAAAGAGAAUCAAUUAGCUCUGCUCAUCAAGCUGGCCUUUUCUUGCUUGGAAUCUUCUCCAAUAGCAAGGCCAACGAUGAGGGAGGCACACCAAACACUCAUCCAGCAACCCUCUUCUAGUUCAUGCCCCGUGCCUUUUAGCGAACUUACAUUACAGGAAAUAAGAGACGCAUGUUGAUAUAUGAUCCAACUUCUAGUGAGAAGCCAGGGUCUAUCAUAGCGGAAGCCGAUUUAGGUUCCCGUUUUGCCUCGAGUCAUGUUGAACUCUGUAAUCCUGCCAUGUCAUCUCGAAGGUUUUAUUUUUAUAGCAACAAAAAAACGGUCCAUGCAGCGUGAGCCUGUUCACGACAUGGCCGGAUCAGUAGUUGCCUGCUGUUACAGUCGCCUCAUGGAAUGGGGCGAGUACCGGCAGUAGCGUCUUAGAACUUGGGGCAUGGUAAGGGACAUGGGAUGGCACAUCCGUGAAGCUUGGUCAUAGCGCAAGAUUAGGAUCUCUCUGUUAGCUAGUUGAGCUAAUGAGCUGUUUAAAUAAAGAGGAGAACAAGGCAGAAAAGCUGCAACGUU